AUGCCCGUCACACCUCCUAUCAACCUGCCCAGGUGGAUAUCCGAGAAUGUCGAUCUUCUCAAGCCUCCCGUCAACAAUUUUUGCCUGUAUUCUGGGACCGAUUUCAUCGUGAUGGCUGUGGGUGGCCCAAAUGAACGAUCAGAUUACCACAUCAAUGAGACAGAGGAAUGGUUUUACCAGUAUAAAGGCAAUAUGCUUCUACGGCUGGUUGAUAGUGAAGAGUUCCUCGACCUACCUAUUAAAGAGGGAGAAAUGUUUUUGCUUCCACCUAACACUCCACAUAAUCCAGUCAGGUUUCCCGAUACCAUAGGGAUCGUUGUUGAGAGAAAAAGAGCACCUGAAAACAUAGAUCGACUUCGAUGGUACUGCAGAGAGGAGGCAACUCUAUGCAAGAAUAAGCCCACCAUCAUCUGGGAGGAGGCAUUCCACGUCACGGAUCUUGGCACCCAGCUCAAGCCAAUCAUACAAAAUUGGAUUGACAAUGAGACCGUUCGCAAGUGUCCAGCGUGUGGAACUGUAGCGAAGCCGAUGUAA